AACAAUAAGAAUAAAGCGCGUGUGAACUAGAAGAAGAAGAAGAAGAAGAAGCAGCAGCAGCUGCUGCAUUUCAAUUUUGCCAAUUGCAAACGAUUCAAUUCUACAAAUUGUUGUUACUCAUUUUUUUUUUACUGAUCUUUCGUUUCGGUUUUGUUUAAUUUUUUGUGCCGUCGGCAAACAACCAGCAAAAAAAACAAAAACAGUGCAGUGAGUGUGUGUGAGUGAAAAGAGAGACAGAGAGAGAGGGAGAGAUCUUCAAAGCAUUUGGGCAACCACAUGACCACAAUGCCACCGGAAAUGUCCACAACUACGGCCGCCGUUGGGGACACUCCGGGCAGCUUGACGCCAUCGCCAACGGCGACGCAGGCGCCGCGCUCCCGCUUCAUGAUCACCGACAUUUUGGCCGGCAGCGCUGCCGCCGCCGCCGCUGCUGCUGCCGCUGCCGCUGCGAUGGCCGCUGCUGCUUCGGCGGGACGACAAUCCGCCAGUCCGCCCGAGGAUUGUUAUGCGCCCUCGCCCACGUCUCGUGAUCCCACACAGCAUCCACAACAACAACAACAGCAGCAGCAGCAGCAGCAACAACAACAGGCACAACAACAACAAGCGGCACUUCAACAUUAUUUGGCACAGCAACAACAACUGCUUCGCUUUGAGCGUGAGCGAGAAAGAGAACGCGAGCGAGAGCGAGAGCGUGAAUAUCAUCAUGUGGCACCGUUGUUGGCGCACUUUCCGCCCGCCAGCCAUUACGCCGUGUUGCAGCAGCAACAGCAGCAACAACAACAACAACAACAUCCACAUCAUCUGCAACGCUUUGGGCGUCAGGCGUCGAGUCGCGACGCUUCGCCGCCGCCGCCAACGUCGCUGGGGAAGGAGUUGCACGGCGCCACAGCUGCCGCUGCGUGGAGCACACAACAACAACAACAACAGCAGCAGCAGGCAGCUUUGAAUCCGCACACGCAUCCGUCGCAUCCGCAGCUUGGGCAUCACUCGCAGCAUCCGCAUUCGCAUCCGCAUCCACAUGCGGCGCAUCACCAUCAGCUGCAGCUGGAGCGGGAACGCAUCGAGGCGCUGCAUCGACAUGGCGGCAACGUGCCACUUGCUGCUGCUGCCGCCGCUGCUGCUGCGGCUGCCGCUGCUGCGGCUGCUGCUGGCCACAUGGAGGGGCACGAUGAACGAUCGCGUUCUCCCCUCGUUCUCCACUCCAUGGGCAACAGCAACAACAACAACAAUCUGAGUGGCAGCAGCAACAACAACAAUAACAAUAAUGGUAGCAACAACAACAACAAUGGCAGUGCUGGGGGCAUGCUACUUGGGGGCACGGGCAGCAGCAUCAGCGGCGAUCAGGCGAGCACCAUCGAUGACAGCGACAGCGACGAUUGCGGCGGCAAGGACGACGAUGGCGAGGAUAGUUUGAAGAAUGGCAAUGGCGCCAAUGGCGAUUCGCAUUUGGGUUUGUCGCUGAGCAAGAAGCAGCGCAAGGCGCGUACCGCCUUCACCGAUCAUCAGCUGCAGACGCUGGAGAAAUCCUUUGAGCGGCAGAAAUAUUUGAGCGUUCAGGAUCGCAUGGAGUUGGCCAACAAGCUGGAGCUGAGCGAUUGCCAGGUGAAGACCUGGUAUCAGAAUCGCAGAACCAAAUGGAAGCGCCAGACAGCCGUGGGAUUAGAGCUGCUCGCCGAGGCUGGCAACUAUGCGGCGUUUCAACGUUUAUACGGCGGUGCCACGCCCUAUUUGAGCGCCUGGCCAUAUGCGGCAGCCGCUGCCGCCCAGACGCCACACGGAGCGCCUCCCUCGGCCAUUGAUAUCUACUAUCGGCAGGCGGCAGCGGCGGCUGCGCUGCAGAAGCCUGCGCUGCCCGCCAGCUACAUGUAUCCCAGUCGGAUGCCACCGGGAAUGGGGCUGCCCGGCAUGCCGCCUCCUCCGGGUGCCACGCCCAUGCUGGGUGGCUACUAUGCGCCGGCGUUGGCGCCACAGCAACAACAGCCGCAGCGCGAACGAUCGCCCGCAACCAGCCAGAGCGCCAACAGCGAGGCGGAAUACGAACGCAGCAGCAGCAGCCGGCAGCGUUUGCAGACGCCGAGUCCGCCUCUGAAUCCGGGCAGUCCGCCACCUCGCAGAGAACAGACAGCGGAGGAGACGGCGCCAACAAAAACACCAACAACAUCAGCGGGUGCCGGGGAGCAGGAGGAACGCGGCGAAUUGGGUUCGCUGCCUGCGGUCGAUGUGGACGAGGAUGAGGAUGACGAGGAGCUGGCGCUGGACGUCUAAGGCGACCCAAGCAUGCGAGCUGGAUCUCAGACACAGGCGGAGGAAAGGGCAGAGCGGGGGUAAAUGUGGGGAUGGGGUCUGGGGGAGUGGCAAAAGACAAGUGAAAUGUGGGGAGAGAACAAAAGCCAGAAGAAAAGGAAGUGUGGAAGCGUAUGAGUGCCAAGGCAGUUGCAGCUGUGGAAAUUCAAUUGGAAGCUGGAAAGGUUGCAUGGAAGUGCAGAGUGGAGCCUGGAACUGGAAGUGCAGACUGGAAACUGGAAGUUGGAACUGGAACUAAGAACACAAUUGAUAUAUUCUAGUGUUAUUCGAAUGAAAUGUGAGCGAUAUUCCAGAUAUUACAACUGGAAAUAGACACGCGGAUCUUUUACUGUAAGUUCAACAGUUCCAACACAAAUGACAACUGAAUAGUGCAAUAAAAAUGCUCACUGCAAGUGCGACUGCAACAGAAUAUAUAUGAAAACUGGAAGUACAGACUGGCAACUGGAAUAAAACACAAAUGAUAUAUUCCAGUGAUAUUCCAACAAAAUGCAAGGGAUAUAUUGCAGCGACAUUUCACGAAUAUCCUGACUGAAAGUGCGACGGCAACAUAAAAGAAAUUUAUAGAUUCCACUGACAUUCCAGUUGCAUUUCCAUUAACUGGAAAUAAGGAUGCCGACUUUCUGUGAUUGAUCCUACACAAGCACAAGCUAAAUAUUCAGCUGACAUCCCAGUAUAAUUUCCAUAAAAUAUACAACUGGAAAACAAACGAAGAACACUUUGGCCAUCAUUGGAAUGGGAAUUUCAACUUGAUUAUCAGCUAAAGCUUGGCAACUUUUCUACUUCCAACUCAACUUGCAACUCAUUCGAAAAUCCACGCAAAACGUCUCCGCAAACACAAAUAUACAAAAAAAAUAUGAUUAACAUUAAUAUUAAUACACUUUUUUUUGUCUAAAUAAUACUUAUAUUUAAAACUAUUUAAAACGUAGCCU